GGUGGGGGGACGCGGGGGCACCUCAGGGCUGCGAGGGACACAAAGAGCCGGCCGGGGAAGGCGGGCGGAGGCCGCAGUGUCGCGGGGACAAAGCGAGGCCGCCCCACCUGCGGCCGGGCCUGAGUGGGGACCCAAGGGAAGGGAAGGGAAGGGAAAGGAAGGGGGGCGUUCAUUAACCCCCUCCCCACCGGGCGGCUCCGGAAGCGGCCGCCCCGACCCUGCGCUGCCUCCUGUGCCCGGGCGGGGAAGGGGUGGCGCCGGGUGGGGGCGACGCGGGGCGGGGGGGCCGCGGGAGCCGCUCCCUCCUCGCCCAGCCCGGCCCGGCGGCGGCGGCAGGAGGAGGAGGAGGGCGCAGAGCGCAGACAUGGCGGCCAACAUGUACCGAGUGGGAGAUUAUGUUUAUUUUGAAAAUUCCUCCAGCAAUCCGUAUCUCAUUAGGCGAAUUGAAGAGCUUAACAAGACUGCUAAUGGAAACGUGGAAGCAAAAGUGGUGUGUUUUUACAGGCGAAGAGAUAUUUCCAACAGCCUCAUAAUGCUUGCAGAUAAACAUGCUAAAGAAGUUGAAGAAGAGUCUGAAACUACAAUUGAGGUUGACUUGACGGAUAAACAGAAACAUCAGUUGAAGCACAGAGAGCUCUUUCUUUCUCGCCAGUAUGAGUCUCUUCCUGCAACUCACAUCAGGGGAAAAUGCAGUGUUGCACUUCUGAAUGAGACAGAAUCUGUGUUGUCGUAUCUGGAGAAAGAGGAUACUUUUUUUUAUUCAUUGGUGUAUGAUCCAUCACUGAAAACGCUUUUAGCAGACAAGGGAGAAAUCAGAGUGGGGCCUAGAUAUCAAGCAGAUGUGCCUGACAUGCUUGCAGAAGGAGAAUUAGAUGACAGAGAACAGGCAAAGCUGGAAGUAAAAGUAUGGGAUCCAGAUAGCCCCCUUACUGACCGUCAGAUUGACCAGUUUUUAGUUGUAGCACGUGCGGUUGGCACGUUUGCUCGAGCACUGGACUGCAGUAGUUCUGUCAGACAACCUAGUUUACACAUGAGUGCAGCUGCUGCUUCCCGAGACAUCACACUGUUUCAUGCAAUGGAUACGUUGCAUAAGCACAACUAUGAUUUGAGCAGUGCCAUCAGUGUUCUAGUGCCACUUGGAGGGCCUGUCUUGUGUAGAGACGAAAUGGAGGAAUGGUCAGCAUCAGAAGCUAGUUUAUUUGAAGAGGCAUUGGAAAAGUAUGGGAAGGACUUCAAUGACAUUCGACAAGACUUUCUCCCAUGGAAGUCGCUGACUAGUAUCAUUGAAUAUUAUUACAUGUGGAAAACUACUGACAGAUAUGUGCAGCAGAAACGUCUGAAAGCGGCUGAAGCAGAAAGUAAAUUGAAACAAGUAUACAUCCCCACCUACAAUAAACCAAAUCCCAAUCAAAUAUCCAGCAAUAAUGGGAAACCUGCUGCAGUCAAUGGAGCAAUGGGAGCCUCUUACCAGACACAGGCCUCAGUAAUAGGUCGAGCUUGUGAAAGUUGCUAUACUCCACAGUCUCACCAAUGGUAUUCUUGGGGUCCUCCAAAUAUGCAGUGUAGAUUGUGUGCAUCUUGCUGGAUUUAUUGGAAGAAAUAUGGUGGCCUGAAAAUGCCCACACAGACAGAUGAAGAUAAACUGUCUUCCAGUCAACCUACAGAGGAAUCACAUGUUAGAACUCAUAUGUCCCGGCAGGCCACACAGGGAACUCCAGUUCGUAACACUGGAAGUCCAAAGUCAGCAGUGAAAACACGCCAAGCCUUCUUUCUUCACACAACGUGUUGGACAAAACUUGCCCGUCAGGUCUGCAAAAAUACUCUCCGGCUGCGGCAGGCAGCAAGACGUCCCUUUGUCCCUAUUAACUGUGCUGCCAUUAAGGCAGAAUAUGCAGAUCGACAUUGUGAAAUUGCUGGAAAUCCUCUGAAGAUCAAAAGCACCAGAAAGCCACUGUCAUGUAUCAUUGGGUAUUUAGAAAUUCAUCCUGCAGUGAAACCCAAUGUAAUCAGAUCAACAUCAAGCCUUCAAAGUCCAAGUGCAAAACGACUGCUUGCACCCUCCAAUCACUCUUCACUAAGUAUUUUGGGAAAGAGAAACUACAGCCAUCAUAAUGGUCUUGAUGAAUCAUCCAGCCAUACAACAAGAACAAUAAUGCAUGCUGCUCCCCAUGUUCAUAUUACUAACGGUAAGGCCUUGCAAGCCAGUGCAAGUGCCAUUAAGACAAGCACCAUUCCAGUGAUCAAGAGACAGAGGCAAAAUUGGCUUGAUGCUUCAGAUGAUGGUUUCUUUAUAGCUACAGAAGAGACCAGCUCCAUGGUUGCAGAUGGCAUUCCCUGGCCAGGGUUGAUGUGGGAGAUCAGCACAGCACGUACAUUGUCUCCACCUUCACACCAAUGGCGAAAAAUCCGUAAGAAGUUUACCAGAUCGCAGCUGAAAAGAGCUUCCAGAACACCUUGUUCUCCAAUCAUUGCAAAGACAAAGUCUCUCAUGAACAAUAGGCAGGCACGAACAGAGCCAAGAACCAUCAUGCACUGAAGAUAUAACAGCAUCAGCACCAUAAUCAUGUCAAAAUCUUAAUUAUGAAUGCAGAUACAACAGGACCUUCCACAUCUUCAGGACAGACACACUAUAUGAACAUGUUGUGGUUGGGUUCUGUGUCCUGGGCAGGAUCCAACAGCAGCUUUUGUUUUCCCUUGCCUCUGCAAGGGGCUACUUCUGAUUCGCUGUGCAAGCCUAUCAAUGAUCAUCCUGCUAUAUUCCCCUCAUUCCCCAUCAUCAGAGUUGGCUGGUCAGGGAGGGGCUGUUCACACUGACCACACGGAAUAUAGAUGCAAAGUACACCCACCACAUUUGUCCAUGCCUUCUAGUGGUGUGAUAGG